AUGACCGACAUCUUGUGUCAGUGGCUCAAUGAGGAUGUGGGGCUGUCCCGGAGAGUGGACCCCAGUACAUUUGCAAGAGAAUUUUCCACGGGAUACCUGAUUGGAGAGAUUCUUAAUCACCACAAACUCCAGGAUGACUUUGACCAGUUCUCCAAGGGAAGGAACACCAUUUCUCAGAUCAAUAAUUUCCAGCGCCUGUUUCCGACUCUGCAGCUCCUGGGGGUGAUGAUCAGUGACAAGGUGGUGAUGGGACUGGUUCAGCAGGAGCCAGGAGUUGCCACACGCCUCCUGUACCAGAUCUACAUUGCCCUACGCAGGAAAGAGAAUGCUCAACUCUCCAAGCUUGCCAUGGAGACCAUGAGACCAUCUGCAACAGCCAAACUGGCCAGCAUCAGCAGCAAGAUGUACAACGAGCGUUUGAAGUCGAUGAUUCCACGUGAAGUUGAUGUGAUCCUACGCAACGUAUCAAGCCACUUUGUAGCUCUGGGAAAGGAGAUAAAAGAGCAGGUGAAACAGAAACAAGAGGAAGAGCUACAGAAAAAACAAGACAUUCUAGAACAGCAGCGAACUGAAAACCAGGAAUCGCUUCGAGAAGCUAAAAGGAAAAACGAAGAGCUGAUGGCUAAAAUCCAGGCAUCUCUGAUCCAUGUCUCUAAACCAGUGCCUCGAAAAAUAGCUAAAAUAAUGGAGAAGCGCAAAGAGGAGUUGAGGAAGAAGGAAGCUGAGAUGUUUAUGAAAGAGAUCAAUGACUUUGAAACAAUACUGACCAAGUUGGAGCCAACUGGUGCUGAAAAAGAACGUGAGAGGCCGAGCAGUACGGUCCACGUUCAGGAGGUACCUUCUCCUUUGAAGGAGGCGUUUGUUCCCUGUGUGAGAGUGGAGGAAGAUCACACUUUUAUUGAGAAUGUUCGGAAGAGGCUGGAUGAGGAGGGCAAGGCAAGGAAGCAGCGGGAGAAACGGCGACGGCGAGUGUUACUGGAUCAGCUGCAGGCACAUGAAGCCCAGGAGGAGGUGUAUCGUGAGGAGCAGUUGGUGAAUCGGCUGAUGCGUCAGUCACUACAGGAGAGGCGGAUUGCUGUCCAGUUGAUGCUAGCUCGCCAUGAGAAACAAGUCAUUACACAAAACCGCAUCUUCCGGGAGAAGCAGUACGAGGAGAAACGGUUGCAGGAGUUCCAGGAAGUGUUGGACAAGGAGGCGGUGUUGGUGAGACAGGAGAGACUGGAGCACACGGAGCAGAUCCAGCGAGAACGGGAGGUCCAUGAGCGGAUCAUGGCUCAGCGGGCAGAGCAGAGAUUCCGGAAACACUACAGCCUGUGCCAGGAAGUGGUGGAACACAUCAUCGACUUGGUGACCAAGAUCGCAGAAUACCGUGAGCUCACACUGAACUUGAUUCCAGUGAAGAUGAUGAGAGAAUGGAAAGAAAUGUUCUUCCAUGAGAUUCCCUUCUAUGAGCAGCCGAUCAGUAAGGCCCAGUCUGAGACGGAAGGUCCAGCUGAUGCAGUGCAGCAGGAGCUCAUGGCCAUGUUAAACACCCAGGACUAUGAGGAUUAUAAGAUGAUGACAGGUGAUUGGCUGCCACCAGAAGGAGGAGAUAUUCAUGGUCCUCCUGCCAACAAUAACAUUCUGGGUCAUGUGGUCGCACGCAUCUUUGAGAUAGUUCAUCCCGUCCAGCCACCGACGCCACCCCCUGUGUUUCCUCCAUUCCCCAUCAAGGCAUGCAUUCUGGGCAAGGUGCUCGCAGGGAAAAGCACCUGCCUGAAGGACUUAGCGGAAGCUCUGCAGAUCCAUGUCCUUGUGCCAGACGUACUGGUUGGUGAAGCUGUACGAGCCUAUGAGGAGGGUGAAACCAUGGCUUACACUCAGACCCAGGAGAACGGAACGGAAGCUGGAAGACUACCUCAGGUGAGCUCUGACACAGAAACAUUGGAUCAUGCGAGUUUUGCCAUUUUGGACGCCCAGGAAACUGCAGGAAGUCCACAGGCAAGUUCCAGCCAGGAGCCCUCCACUGUCCCCACCAAGAAUCCAUCAAAAGAGCGACUGACUGGUCUGACUGAACUCACUUCACAAAGCAGCAAGACACUUGCUGAAACUGAGUCCUCACCACAGGUGGAUGUCCAGGAGUCAGCGGAAUCAGAGGCAACUGUCCCCAGCAAGAUCGACCUUCAGCCGAGUAUCAGGGCUGAGCUGGGAGCGAGAGCCUCCAAGUUUCUGAGGAAAGGGAGCAGUGUUCCAGAUGAGUUGCUGGUGGAGAUUAUUGUUGCGAGUAUACGCACUCUGCCGGUAGAUUGUGGCUGGAUUCUGGAUGGUUUCCCAGUGACUGUUCACCAAGCCAAACUGCUGGAGAAGUGGCUGACUGGGCGUGACCCUGACAAAGCAGCAGGUCACACCAAGAAGUCCAAGACCAGCCUGGUCUUUGACCCGAGGGCUCCCAAAGACCCUCCCCCUCCACAGCCCGCUCUGGACAUCGCCAUCUUGCUGGAUGUUUCCGACAACACCGUCCUGGCUCGACAUUCCGAGAGUACAAUCAGUUCGGUCUCUGGGAGUGAGAGCCUGAGAUCAGGCAGCAUGCAGCAGAGUAGCCAAAGAACUCUGGCUGUUAGAGAAAGCAGCAGCCAUGAACAAGAGCAACUGGUGCCCCGACUCACGGGCUUUCUUGACCAUUGGCCCAAGUUGGAGGAGUGGUUCGAGGUGAAACAGAAGAUUCUGGUGAGGGUGAACGGGGAACUAGAGCACGCUGAGUUGCUGGAAAAACUGGAGCUUGUCUUGGUCGAAGCUUUGUACAAGAAACAAUGUAAAGAUGUGGUGUCAGAGAAACCUGUGGAGGCCGAAAUGCUGCCUUCCCCAACUCAGGCUGAGUCAACCCCUUCCCCUGUGAGUCAGGAGAAGAUUCCAAAGGAAGGGAAAUCCAUAAAGAGCGAUUCUGUGAGUGCACUCAGCUCGAUCAAGAUAAAGAGCAAGACGAGUGUGUCUGCUCGUGACAAGAAACAGGAGAAAUCGGGUUCCUUUACUCACUCAGCUUCUGCGAAAGGCAAGAAGGGGAAAGGUAAACAGGAUCCAAGCCCACCGGAUACAAUCCCCUCACCCCAACCACCGAGACCCCCACCUCCCAAACCUGGAUCAGACCAAUGGGUUUACGUGGACGAACCUGUCCCUCAGGAGGUUGCUGAAUACCUCGCCCCCUAUUGGUCCAGUAUUGAGAACACCUACAUCAACACCAUCCAAAACAUGAUGCAGGAGGAACGGCGUGAGCGGGACUGCAUCAUCCAUUACCUGCACAAGAUCAGGGUAGAUUUUCAGGAGUAUUUGGAGUCUCGUCCUGACCAUAAGCAGGAGUUUGUCACACAGUGGCAGAACGAUUAUAAUUCCAUUAGUGAGGAUCUCCGACACGAUGACGAUGUGAAGGCAGAACUGUUCCUGCGGCUCUAUAACUUGCGAGAGCGUCUGUGGGACAUCUCUGACACCAGGAAGGAAGAGGCUGAGCGAGAGAGGAUGAAUCUUAUGGGUAAUGGUUGGCUGGAGGAUCACCUGGGUUUACUGCUGAACAUCUACACAACCCUCAUGCAGGUGGAGAUUGAUCGAUUCCAGGAUACUUUCCGGUUCCUACAGGAUUAUUACAAGGUGAUGGAAGGGACCAUCCCGCCGGAAGACAGCAAGGAGUUUGCACGUAUCCCAUUGGUCAGUGUGCCUGAUGUCCAGAUCCCAGCCACCAUGCCAGCGAUGGACCCAGUCAGUGCCUAUGAUCCCAGCCAGUCGGAACCCCAGCGAGAGGCAGAGAGCAGUUUGCCAGUGACGGACAGUAAGUCAGACCCACAGGAGGAUGAAGUAGGCCGACAUGUAAUUCCACUUGUUCCCUAUCGGAUUCCCUCCUCCAGUCUGGCAGUCAAAGAUAAAGGGAAAAGCCUGAUGAAGUUGACAGGAAAACUGAAGGAAGAGUCAGCGGUCCUCGAGAUCUCACCGCCCCUGACUAAUGUUGAUGAGUAUCUGAUCAUGGAGGCCUAUCAGACAGCGACAGCCACUCUCUCCAACAUUAUUCAAACAGAAAUGAGAAUCAAGGAGGAAGAGGAGAGGAAAGAACAGAAGUUGAAAGAAGAAAAGGAAAAGGAAUUGCAGAAGUCAGCUGGAAAAGACUCCAAAAAGAAGGGAGGGAAAUCAGCGGAUAAGAAAAAAGGCCGCCAAUCUCUAACCCCCUCGGUGCCACCCCCAGUGGUUGAGAAUCCAGAGGUGGCUAGGAAGCAAGAACUGAGAGAGCAUAUAUACACAGAGUACCUGGGAGCACUGGAGGAUGAGGCACAAGCUGUCAGGCUGCGACUGGAGAGGAUCAAGCUGAUGGCCAUGGCUGUGGUCCAGGAGCUGAAAUCCAAAGCAGCCGAAAUCUUCACCAUCAUGGAGGAUCAGCUCGGGGCCAGAUUCCUGCAGGAAAUGGAAAGCAUCAACACUCUGCUGGAUAUCACCCUGGGGUAUGUGGAUGCUGGCACCAAGAUAGAACACCAGCUCAUCCUCAAAAGCAAGGAGUUCUUUGUCAAUGGAGAUGUGAAGGUGGUUCCUGACCCUCCACCAUUCACCCGCGAACCUUCCAAAGAGAUUCCAAAAGAAGGCGAGCUAACAAUCGAGCAGCUGACUAACCUGCAUCGACAGUUUAUGCUUGUGGCACCCACAGGUGUCAUGUUGAAAAAGGAAUUCAUUGAGAUUUUACAGGACCUGGUGACAGUGGACCUUGGCACAGACCAAAUGCCUGACCAAUGGAGUUCCAUCUCUUACUCACAGGUGUUGGAUAUUACCAGGAUCCUGACUGCAGAGUCAGAUCUGUUGGAUUGGCGGCAAUUCCUGCUCUCAGCUGCUCAGCCCUGGCCUUAUCCCUCACUUGCUGAACUGCUCGACACUAAAAUAAGAUUCCAGGCCAUCGAUGUUGCAGAUACUGGCUUUGUUACAAAGGAACAGUAUGAUCAGAUAGAGCUGUGGUUUCAGGGGGACGAUGAGGUUGAGCCAUCAGAUGAUCCAACAGCCCCUCUCCCCUUCCAGAGGCUGAAGCAACUCAAGCAGGCGUUCUUCACUCUGUUUGCUGACGAGAGCCGGUCUCCACCCGAACUGGAAUACAACAACAUGCUGCUGUACUUCGCUGCUCACCGUGAGCCAACCCAGGGAUUCCACCGGUCACUCAGUCUGGCUGCAGGAACUAUCCUCACCUGGAAUCCAGAGCCAGACUCCACCACACUCUGGUCUGAACCGUAUAUUGAUCGGCAGUCUGUCAGGGAGUGUCCGAGUGUUCUUGAUGCCCCUCCUGAUGAAGCUGAGAUGGUGCCAAUAUACGCACUGUUUCAGAUCCUGACCCAUGGGGCUGCUAAGACUGAGGACACGCAUCGCCAUAGCAACAAGUAUGAAACAGAACAGCUUUACUGCAAGCAUUUAACUCAGGUGUACAAUGACUUGGGUUCAAAGAACUUUGAAGCUGUUCCGUUUCAGAUUUUACUGAGGCAUCCGUUCAUCAUGGACCUGAUACAGAAUCCUCUCAAAUUUACCCUGCCUGAUUUCAAGCCCAUUUUGCAGAGGAAGCCAGCAGAAAGUGAAGCAAUUGCAAGCAGCUCCCCUGAACUUUCAGUGGAAACAUCUUCAAACACACCAACAGAGGAGACAGGCGCAAGCCGACGGAGACUCGCCAAAUCGUGA